CUGUGAUAUUAUUUCAAAUGUACAAUUUCAGAUUCUUGAUUUUAGUCGGGGAUGAUAGAAAGAACAUGAUUUCAAUCAUGAUGAGCGCCGGGACGAACUGGAAAUUGAUCUCUGUGAUUCUACUUGUGGCGGCUGUUUCCGAUUCCGGCAGCGGGCAGCCCCAGGGCGACGACCGGAAUCCGUACAGCUGUAUGUUCACCGGGAAUUACAUAACCAAUUCCACAUACAGCGCCAAUCUCAACGCCGCCCUCGCCGCCCUCUCCCCAAACAUCACCCAGUACGGAUUCGCCACCGCCUCCGUCGGAGACGGCGAAGAUAGAGCAAACGCCGCCGCCCUCUGUAGAGCCGACGUGCUCCUCGAACCUUGCCGCCGCUGCGUGGAAAACGCGGUCGAGCAAUUGGUCCAAUUGUGCCCUAAUCGAAAGCAGGCGGUUAGAUGGUACGACCUCUGUAUGCUGCACUACUCGAACCUCCCCAUAAAUGGAGUUCCCAAUAAUGGCGCGGACACUACCUUGGGCGCCUCCGAAGAUGUGGCGGAUCCGGUGCCGUUCAGGGAGGAUCGGGAGGCGUUGUUUGGGGACCUUCUUGCAAAGGCCAUUAAUGGGAGCUCCUUGCUCAAGGUUGGGGCUGGGAGUCGGAGUUCGUCGGAUUCAGAGACGGUUCAUGCGAUUCUUCAGUGUAUUCCCAAUAUGUCGCCGGAGGAAUGCCGAUUUUGCUUGCUUAGGGCUACUCAGGGAUUGCCGCCGGCGGCCAGUUGGGCAAAGAAAGUGACAACCGGCUGCAAUCUCCGGUACGAUCUUGAUCUCUUCUACAAUGAAACUAGGCUUCAAGAACUCGGUGUGCUACUUUCCCCAUCAGCUGUUGCAGGGAAUGGUGAUGAUGGCGAGAGAGGUAAGAAAGGCGAUAACAGAACGAAAAUUAUUAUUGCCAUAGUUGUUCCAAUUGCAGUGUGCCUGAUACUUGCUGUUUGUGCUGUAAUCUUCUUUAGAAGAAGGAUGAAGAAGAAGACGAAAUCAGCUGCUGAAUUGGAUAUGGAGGAGAUUGACACAAUUGAAUCUCUUCAAUAUGACUUUUUCGUGAUAAGUAAGGCGACAAAUGGUUUUGCGGAUGCUAACAAGUUGGGGGAAGGUGGAUUCGGAGCUGUUUAUAAGGGGAAGCUUUCGGAUGGUCGAGAAAUAGCAGUGAAGAUGUUGUUGAGGAAUUCCGGGCAGGGUGAUAAAGAAUUCAAGAACGAAGUACAGUUGUUGUCGAGGCUUCAACACAGGAAUCUGAUUAGGCUAUUGGGAUUCUCCAUGGAAAGACGACAGAAACUUCUUAUAUAUGAAUUUGUGCCGAAUGCAAGCCUCGACAAAUUCAUAUUUGACCCGAUCAAAAGUUCUCAAUUGAAUUGGAAGAGGCGCCGUAAUAUCAUAAGCGGUACUGCAAGGGGACUUCUUUAUCUGCACGAAGAUUCACAUCGCCGGAUCAUCCAUCGUGACCUAAAGCCGAGUAACAUACUUCUGGAUGAAGAGAUGAAUCCUAAAAUUGGAGAUUUUGGCAUGGCAAGAUUGUUCGAGUCAAGUCGAACCCAAGAAAAUACAGAAACAGUUGUCGGGACAUACGGAUACAUGCCGCCUGAGUAUGCAUUAUACGGGGAAGUUUCUGUCAAGGCCGAUGUCUUUAGCUUUGGAGUCCUCGUCUUAGAAAUAAUAACCGGUAAAAAAUCUGUAAGCAACGACAGAGGCAAUGUGGAGGAUCUCUUGAGCAUUGUAUGGAAAAACUGGAGAGACGGGACGGCUGAAAAUGUGAUCGAUCCUGUUUUGAGGACUGGAAACGAUUCGAUUCGCGAUAUGUUGCGACACCUUCACAUGGGGUUGCUGUGUGUUCAUGAAAACCCAGCUGAUCGACCUCUGAUGAAUUCGGUCGUGCUGAUGCUGAGUAGCUCUACCAUAUCGUUACCUGUGGCUUCGCACCCUGCUUUUGUCGUAUCCGGUCGCUCGACUCGUGCAGGUGCUCCGGGGAAUGAUACACCGGAGGAGGCGAGUUUUUCACGAAAUGAAAUUUCUAUUACUGAGCCACAACCUCGAUGAGUUUUAGCAUUCUGGAAAUCGAUGUAAAAUAUUGUUACAAUGUUGCAUGUAUCGUUGAUGAAGAUGGAUAUAUACAUACUGUUUAGAUAUACAGAUUUUGAAAUGCUAUGCUCUCUGUUGAUA